AUGCCGCCUAAAAAGAGCAACACGGCCAAGAAGUCUUGCGGCGGUUCUGCCCGGAAACUUUUGGCACCUGCCGGCUCUCCUCCGACGCCCGCAGGAUCAACAUCGUCCGCGCCAUCCUUAGAGCCAGAGGACGCUAGGAUUCCGGAAGAACACAGUAUAUGGUGUUUGAUCUGUCUCGAUGGCGCGGAAGGUGACGUUGUACUCUUUGAAUGCAACGCCUGCCCCCGCGUCAUGUGCAGCAAAUGCAUUGAGGUGCCCGAGGCGCACGUCGAUGCCGUCCGACAUCCGGACGUUAUAUUUUUAUGUCUUUCUUGUCACUCAUUGCGGACGGUUAAGGAGCCCGCGCCAUAUUUUGGCUUCUACCGUAACGUUUUGCCAGAGGAAGGAGGAACGCCUGUACUCCCAGGCUUCCUACAGUUCAACGGCAAGUAUGAGCUGGCGUCCAACUCCAUCUUGGCAGCCACACCCCUCGCCAUCGUCCAUUUUGCCCUUGGCGCCAAGUACACAAUCUCCACACCCGUUCCACUCCUCUCGCAUUACCUCGACAAGUACUACCCCAACGGUGGGUUUCUGUACGUCGAGAUCUCGUUCGACGUCGCCACCUAUACGAAGAUCGACAAGUACACCCGCGACCAGGUCGAAACGGUUGCUAAGCUCGUCCGUCACCUUGGCUCAACUGGUCGGGUCUUUGCGUUUCUCUCCAACCAUUCGGAAGAAGACAGCGGUUGGCUCUAUGCAGGGAAGGAGGGUCGAGGUGAGGGAGAGUAUGUUGCGAUGGAAGUUCAGCAUGUUCUCUCCACAGUGUUGAAGCCCUACGCCAGGAUCCUCAAGUCCGCACACAUCGUCUUCCUGGUCUGCGGUUCUGUGGUGGCAUACAAGACGCCCUACACUCAGCUCAAGGAGUCCUCUCGCUUUCAACCCCUUGUCGCCACUAAUUUCUUGGUCGCCAUGGCGGAACUUGUUGCGAUUGAGCAACUCAGCAUCCGCACUGUAUUUCCGACCCUCCUUAGUAUGUCAGGCGGUCUCGGUCAACACACCAGCGUCAUCCUGAUGACUCCCGUCAACAUUGAUGGUUGCUGCAAGCUGGAACUCACUACAUUCGCGCGCGCUCACACUCAGACUUCGCCUUGGGGCGUUCCUAUUCCUGCGCAAUGCCCCCAAUGUGGCUCUACCAAGAGCUGGGGUGAGAGGGUUGCUGUGACAGUUUCUGAUGAGAAUCGCGACGCGCACGCCUCAGCCCAAGGCUCUGUUUGCCAGUACAUCUACACAUGCAAGUACACCAACUGUGGUAGCACGCAAAAGUUGCCGUGCUACAAGUUUUCUGUCACCAAGCCUCCUGGGUCCAUCAUCAACAAUGCCAGGACCAAGAACUGCGCUUGGUUCAAGUCGCCUUCUACUCAUUUUGUAUCUCAGUCUUUACCUGACUCUACCCAAGGCAAGCGCAAGAAUGAGACAGCGUCUCCUGGGACUGCAAAGAAGGCGCGCAAGUAA